AUGUAUACUCGCAAGCCAAGGGUGAAGAACAAACAAGCCAUGGAUCAUGCCAUUGAUCCUUGCAUGAGCUUCGGAAAUAUUAUGAAAGAAGCUCAGCGGAUUGCUAAAACAAAUAUGACAUGGAAGGAUAAUAAAGCUUUGGAGAAUCAGAAAGACACUGAAUUUGGUGGAAAGCCUCGAAAGAAACAGAGGCUACCUCUCAAAAUGAAAGAGAAGAGAAGAUGUUGGAACAGGAAACUAAAAUAUAAUUCUUGGAAAUUUGGAGGACAGUUUGGUGGUACAAGUACGAAGAAACCCGUAGAGAAGAAGCGCAAGCAAGAGGAGAGAGUGCUGAAAUCCACUUUUGGGAAUUUCAGGGGUGGUGUUCUCUAUGUUAAGGAUUUACAACGUUCUGGUGGCUCUUCAAGUAGUGGCGGAGAUUACAACUUCAGCAAGAACAAGAGCAAGUCCAAAGGCAUGGGAGGAGACCUAGGAGGAGGAGGGGAAGACAUCAAGAAGAUAGGAACGAGACUGCAGAGAUUGACAGGACAUAUCGAGUUCGUAAAUGUGUCCUUCUCCUACCCUUCAAGAGAAGAGAUUCUACUCGAUGGGGUUCAAGGACGUGGACAAUAUUCAAACGCUAGAUGCAAAGCUGUUUUGAUUACUUGA